AUGGCGUCGUCCAUCACCAAUACUAACAGCAACGGCUCCAACGGACCGUCGGACCAGGAUGUUGAAACCUCGAAGGGAGCAGAUGGCAACAAGCAGCUGGCGACGACUACUACGGUGGCUGCCGAGCUGGAAUCUUCUACGAAGCCGAACACUCUAGGGGCCAUAAUUCUGCAGACCUUGGGGUUUCGGAAGAAGGACUCCAUGGAUCUGGAUGGGAUUGCGACGCAACCCAGCAUUUGGGACUCUGAGAAUGUCGAAGAGUACAAGAAGUCUUACAUCCAUCCUCAGUGGGAAAACUGGGCCUCCUUCGACCCGUCGUUUCGAUGGACAUGGAGGGAGGAGCGAUCGGUGCGACGAAAGGUCGACUGGACGAUCUUGCUCUGGGCCUUCGUAAUGUUUGCCUGUCUCAAUGUCCACAGAGAUAACAUCUCGAAUGCCGUCUCGGAUAACAUGCUGGAUGACCUUGGUAUUACCAAGGGCGACUACAAUAUUGGACAAACCAUUUUCCGCGUCGCCUUUCUUGUUGCAGAGUUGCCAUCCCAGCUGAUUUCUAAACGAAUUGGCCCCGAUGUCUGGAUCCCAAUCCAGAUCUGUAUAUUCAGUGUCAUCUCCGGUCUACAGUUCUUCCUGAAAGGCCGUGCAUCGUUUCUGGCGACACGAUACUUAAUUGCCACAUUCCAGGGCGGUUUUAUUCCUGAUACCAUUCUCUACCUCAGCUACUGGUACACCGGCACAGCGCUCCCCAUUCGUCUAGCCUGGUUCUGGAUGUCUUCGCAGUUUUCUGAGAUCGCUUUCGGAUUUGCUUCGGUUGGCCUCCUAUCAAUGCGAGGAGUCUUGGGGUACGCCGGCUGGAGAUGGCUGUACCUCAUCGAUUGGUGGAAUCCUCGAGGAUACUUCUCCGAUCACGAAGCAAAGAUCAUUGUCAACUCAGUGAUCCGUGACGACCCACACAAAGGAGGAAUGUUCAACCGACAAGGUCUCUCAGUUCGACAAAUUUGGGAGUGUACAAAGGAUUACGACAUGUGGCCGCUCUACAUCCUCGGUCUACUCUUUGGGCUUCCCAAGUACCCUGUUGGCCAGUACCUCUCACUCUCGCUCAGAGAGCUUGGAUUCAACGUCGUCGAAACGAAUCUGCUGUCGAUUCCCUAUAUUGCGACCUCGUGUGUCACCAUGUUGGCUAUUACGGGAAUUAGCGAACUGGUCAAUAAUCGAAGUCUCGUGGCCAUGGCGGAAGACGCAUGGCUACUACCUUGCUUUGUGGCACUCCUUGCAAUGCCGGAUCCCAUUAGCGCAUGGUCCUAUUUCGCCAUCUCCACAGUGCUUCUGUCUUUCCCCUACACUCAUCCCAUCCAAGUUGCAUGGACCAGCAGAAAUGCAGGAUCUGUUCAGAAUCGCACAGUAUCUGCAUCUCUUUAUAACAUGUUUGUUCAAGCGAGCGGGAUGAUUGGCGCAAACAUUUACCAAGACAGCGAUUCUCCACGAUACAAGAAAGCAAACACUGGUCUUUUGGUCAUUUGCAUCUGGAUGUGUCUCGUCCAAUACCCUGCGACAUGGUUUUACUACCGCUGGAGAAACAAUACGAAGACCAAGAUAUGGGAUGCCAUGUCUCCAGAGGAACGAGACGACUAUAGACAAAACACAACCGACGAAGGGAACAAGAGACUCGACUUCCUAUUUGCCCUAUAA